GGGACAGCAAUGCAAAAUGUCCAUUAUCACUCGGUAUAAAGGUACAGACUUUGAAUUGGCCAUCUCAGUAAAUCAACAGCAUUUACGUGUCCACCAACCCCCCUAAGAUUGGGGUUGAUUUUGUCAAAAUGCAGUGGCUCUCACUACUGGUGAUCGCAUUCGUCUUUACAAACCCAACUCAUUCAAGUCCUGUUAGUCUCUCGCGCCCAAAACGGUCCCACCAUGAACCGGAAGGAUACUGGAGCAAGAAGCUAGUUUGGAAAACCGAGUGGGUGAAAGUCUGGAAAACUGAGAAGAAAUUGGAAUGGAAACCUGAUUGGAAGAAAAUUCAGGUGCCAGCUUGGAAGGAAGUCCAAGUGCCAAUUUGGAAGGAGAUCCAGGUGCCAGACUGGAAGACCAUCACCAAGCCGAUUUGGGUGGAGAAGCAAGUUCCAGCUUGGAAAGAGAUUCAAGUUCCCGACUGGGUAGAGAAGCAAGUGCCUGCGUGGAAGGAGAUUCAAGUGCCCGAUUGGAAGGAAAUUCAAGUGCCAGAUUGGAAGGAGAUUCAAGUUCCAGAUUGGAAGGAGAUUCAAGUUCCCGCCUGGAAGCAAAUCUGGAAGCCCGUUUGGGUAGAACACAAAGUGGCCGCCUGGAAGGAAGUGCAAGUUCCCGAAUGGAAAAAGCAGUUUGUCCCUGAAUGGGUCAAGGAAGGAAUUCAUGGAGAACAUUACUUAGGCAAAGACGAGCAUGGCUCAGAGUACACAGCACAUGACCUGUGGAGGAAGAAACUCAUAUGGAAACCCGUUUGGAAGAAAGUUUGGAGAACCGAUAAAAAACAAAUUUGGGUCCCGCAAAAGAAAAUGGAAUGGAAAGCUGAGUGGGUGAAAGUCUGGAAGACGGAAAAGAAGCAAAUAUGGAGAACUGAGAAGAAACAAAUUUGGCGAACCGAAAAGAAGCAAAUCUGGAGAACGGAAAAGAAGCAAAUAUGGGUAUCGAAGAAAGUCCAGAUUUGGCGAACAGAGAAGAAGCAAAUCUGGGUACCGCAAAAGCAGCUAGUAUGGAAGCAGGAGAAGGUGCAAAUCUGGCGAACCGAAAAGGUUCAAAAAUGGGUGACGGAAAAGAAGCAAAUCUGGGUAGAUCAGUGGAAGAAAAUCUGGGUCCCCGUGUGGAAAAGCAUACAAAUCCCAGCCUGGAAAAAGAUCUCAGUCCCCAUAUGGGAAAAAGUUUGGGUAAAAGUACAUCAUCACUCUGGAUGGGACUGAUCUAAAUAAGACGCGCUUCAUUUCUGUAUAUAAUACUCCUGUUCUGUCUUUCUAUUAUCUAGUUUUAAGUUUCUCUGUAAAUAUUUUCGUGUGGUUCCAAGACGGAGAGUCAAUUUGCCGAAAACUACAAAUCAGGAAAAAGUUUUUCGGUUUUCGCAGUAAGUCGAUAGUUCUGUUGCAUCCAAUACAACAAUCGACUCUGCCUGUUAAAAAUUCCUAUUCGUUGUUUAAAGUUUUAACAUCAGGAAAUAUCUGGAUUCUUCCAGCUUUGAAGCCUCAGCCAUUAAAAAGGAAUGAUUCGCAUUCAAAAAGCUUUUAGCCGAAACACUUGAUUUGCCUUGUGUAAUUAUUGUUAUCUUUGUUUAAGUAUGUACAAUAAAAACCUUUUUUAUGAAAACGCAA